AUGGGGCAGUGUCCAUCUCUGGUUCAGAAGCCCUUAACCUAUCCCAGCAGCCCCUCUGUUCUCUGGGCGGCAGAUGUCUUCUUCACGACGGCAAGACGACACGAGACGUCAGGACAGGAGAUCCUUAAGGAGAAUGUCUUAGAAGACGUCUUCCCACACCUUCAGCCCAACCUGUCCAACCCUGCAGGCAAGGUGAGACUGCUGACUCUAAGACUCCUCAGCAACUUCAAGGUCAAGCUUCCUGACCUUGAACUAGGUGAAGAAGAGUUCCAAGACGCGAGAGAGUCUGUCUUUAAGACAUGUUUGAGUGCAGAAGAAACACCAGCCAGUGUUCAGCAGUACAGAGAAAAACUGAUGUACCUGAACAGACUGGACUUCGAUACGGUCAGGAGAUGUGUACCUAAGGGGCCUUAUCAACAGGUUGCUCUGAGGUGUCUGAUUGGCCAGCUCUACGUCAACAUGAAGUUGCUAUGGAAACCAGUCACCGACCUUAUCAAAUCCCACGCCCAUGGAAUGGACUUGAAGGAGUUUUGGUCUGUGUGGAGGGAACACCUGAAGCAAGCAGCUGAGAGAGCAGAGCAAGACCUUUACAAGCCAAAGAAGGGGGAAACUCCAUCUGAUGCCCUACAAGAGAAAGACGACUCCCCAGAAGAGUUCUUUGAACAAACAUUCCAAGACGCCAUCUCCAAUCCCUCCAGUCCGGACCACACCAACUUUCGCCACCUUCUGUGGCAAGCUAUGGCGGAAUUUCCCGACAAAUGCGAACCGAAAUCGCGAGACUUGUCCCCGCUUCUCUUCCAAUUCUUUGAUAACGAGUAUUACCCAGCAGACCUUGCAGCCGCCCCUGCACAGGACAUCAGGAAACCCCAGGAGGACAGGACUGAUGAUGUCAUGGACACUGACCAAUCAGGAGCGGAGGAUUCUGGUUUGAAUAAGAAACCUGACCAAUCAGGAGCGGAGGGUACAGCUGAAGACAUCUCAACAUCUGACAAGGUCACAAGAACAAGGAGAAAGGCAGCCUCAAGGUCACUUGUGGUACACCUGACCUUGUUCUCCAAGUUUAAGAACCCAAAAAGUUUGUAUCUCGAGCCGAAAUUGAAGGAACUGUACUUGGAAAUGCUGAAACACCGGGAGCAAGACGUCCAAAGGUCUGCCCUGGCCUGCCUGAUGACAUACAAGGCCCCCUACCUCACCCCUUACUCCGACAACUUAGACAGACUUCUUCAAGACAAAGAGUUCAGAGAAGAGUUGACUCUCUUCAGUAUUGACCAGGAGAGCAGCACAGUUCAGCAGGAACAUCGAGAGGGGCUACUGCCUGUGCUCUUCAGACUCCUCUAUGGCCGUAUGCAGCACAAGACGGGAGAGGGCACGCAGGGUCGGCAGGGGGUCAAGGUCAGGACUGCGCUGGUGCUGAGGUUCCUGGGAGGCUGCACUCCUCACGAGCUGGAGACUUUUCUGGAGAUGAUCUUAGCUCCAUUCUCUCACCUGAUGUCUACAGAAGUUUCGUGUGCAGAUCUGGUGAAACAGGAGGUGACCAGGCUGGACCUGUCGGCUGUUAUUCCACUCAGCAAGCAGCAAGGAUCGCUGGCUACAGUACAGGUUCUGCUGAACAAAAUGGGGAACCUUCUUCAAGGUUAUGUCCCCAAGCUGUUCCGCCUGCUGGUUGCCAUGGUGACAAGCCACACCCGUAUCCUGGACAGCCGCCAUCUUGUCAAAAAGAACCUUCUGCAGCUUGUUAAGAAGGUCAGAACGCUGGCUAUGAGGAGACUGUUGGAGUUGUUCCACCAGCAUGAUCAGUACAGCUUUAGUGUGGAUGAGAUCGAGGCUCUGUUUUUGGGCGCGGUCUGGCCGCAGCUCGACCAGCAGAGGUCAGAGGUCAUCCGCCAGCCGACCCCCCUUCUGCGGUUAGUGCACCAGUGGAGUAAGAACAUCAGGUACCACUCUCUGCUGGCCAAGUCCCGACCUGACCAACUAGACAUUAACCUCAUCGAUGACAUCAUCGCAACAUUCUUCACGCCGACCUCUGCCCCAUCUGUGGUCGCCAUGGUGAUGGAGGUCAUAGGUCACCUGCUGCUGCUGCCGGAGGGGUCAGAGGACACAGCGGACAUAGAGCCACUGGAAGUGCCAAUAUGUACGAUACCGCGUGGGGGAAUGUCGGGAAAAGAAGCUGAAGCACCAAUUGGAACCCGGCUUCUCCUACCCCACGUGGCGGCCAUCUUGGGUCACCUGAGGUCAGCGGUCCAGUCCAUUGGGAAGGCGGGGGGGAGACAGAAGCUGCCUAUGUCGGAGCUGAACAUCCUCUCGAGGAUCAGUGCUUAUGUGGAGGACCCACAACAAAGUGCCAUGCUGGUCGGACUGCUACUUCCUUACCUAAGGAGACCAGCCAUCACCGACCACAGCGCGCAGGUCGACAUUUUGGUAACCGUUGGCAACCUGGUCCGACAGGUCCCCGACCCCAAAGCAUGCUGGGAACAACUGGCGGCCAUGUUGUCCAGCCUGGAAGGUAGAGAACCGAGGCAGGAACUUUGUAAGGUGUUUGCAGUGGUUGCAGAAAGGGACCCAUCUGUGAAAGAAAUCGCCACCAUCAUCCACGAUCUGAACACUUGGGACAGGAAAAGAGUAGAGGAGCCAGAUUACGACACGCGACUCUCUGCCUUCAAAUGUGUCAAUCAAACCAUGAAGGAUUGGGUUACCCUGGAUACGACCUUUGCCCUGCCCGUCAUCCACAACUGCUUCCAUGUUGUGUUGAGGCUGGAGGACUUCUCCCUGCGCAGCAACGCCGCCUACUGUGUGACGCAGGUACUGCAGAAGAUGGAAGCCGCCGACUCGACCCUGGAGGAGUACAAGAAAGUUGUUCAGAAGACGAUACUGCCACUGGUCAGGAAGGGACUCUGGUCCAAAAAUGAGUCUGUGCACCAGGAUUCAGUCUCCCUACUGGCAGAGUUAGUCAGAACCUUCUCCAGCAGACAGUACUUCCAGGGUCUGGCUCAGCUGACAGACGAAGAUGUGGAGAAAGAUUUCUACCAGAACGUCACACACAUACAGUCAUUGGACAGUAACUACAUCACCACAGACGAUCGCGAGCGCUGCGUCGGCUGA